AUGAUCUCGAGUCGAGAACCUCAGAAUUCUACCCCAUUGGGGGUCAUGAUAGAACUACAAACUGAUGAAAAAGAACCCGAAUGGACGCAUGAAGUUCUUGGUGAAGAGGCACGUGUGCAACUCGCUCAUAAGUCGAGCACGUACAAUGCCGGUGAACCCUACUGGGUAGCAGUAAUGGUCAACCAGGCAUUAUCACUGACACUUGCGAGAACACUCAACGAAACCAAGGCCCCAAUUGACGAAGCAGAGGCAGAACAGCUCACAGAAGACACGCCACCAGGACAGGGAGGAUCUCGAAGCCUCACUGACCUUGAGAACCAGGCGGGAACCCAUUCUGGUAACUUCUCUUGCAUGGCAGAGAAGACUGUACUGUCACAGUCUAGGCAGCAUGGAUCCGAGCAAGCACUUUCACCAUGGACUAGACUUGUCGUCAUGCUGCUCCCACGCUCUUGCACGUCCGAACUCAGAGAUAACCGGGAUGGUGACCUAUUCUCGGUCCUUGAGCAGGUGUGGUUUAUUGAAGACUCCAUAAAGUCCAAGAAGCAGAAGCCACGGAGAAAGAAGGCAAUUGCGAUUGAGAAAAAGAAUGAGGUUGGAGGAAAGGACUCGGACUCGGAUAGGCUAGCGAGGCUUACUGGUCUGAUCGGCAAGCCAUUGAACAAUCUUCUCAAGCUCGGAUCUAGGAAUUGCACAUCGAAGAGGUCAAUGUCAUCUCCUGGAGGUGAUAUCAGCCCUCAUAGUGGGCUUCGAGAAAUGCAAUGGAAGGACUGCAAGCCGUGAUGUCGACAACUUCC